CAAAAUUGGGUUGUGAGCAUGUUUUGUAGCGUUGAGCAUUUUUUAAUUAUCUCCUACUUUUUAUCUUAUCGUUUUCCGAUUAUUGUAAUACCAAUCAAUAGUCAUUAUUACCUUAGAGAUACGUAGGUGCAUUGCUCAGCAUCAGUUACUUUUUGGUUCGUUUGUAUGGGAAGCUGUCAGAUCUGUUAACAGUUUUGGAGAAAUCGUCUAAACGAUGAGUUUAAAUAAAGCUCUCGUUGCGGUAUCCGUUUUUCCCGGUGGAAUAAUCUUCGGUUUUUAUUUAUUCUAUCACCUGUUUGCUUCUGAUGACGUGAUUAAGCUGCUGUGGCCACUUAUAUCGGCUCCAGUUUGUGCUGUAAUUAUAUCAUGUCUCAUAACGAUAAAAAAAAGGAUUCAGGAGAAAUACACUUUUGACAAUUUGUAUUACAAUUCAGUUGCAUGCGGUUUCUAUAUUGUUAGCGGUUUAUUUUUUUUAAGACAUUCGCUUGAUAUUGCUCUGUAUUUUGGGUUUGCUGGCAGUGGAAUUACUUACAUUUCUUCCAUUACUUACUGUGGAUAUAUCGCAGCCAAUACAAAAGAGAGGCACCGUGGUGUUGCUGGAGUGUAUCUGUUUCAUUUCACUGGCAUAGUAGUUGCUUCGGCGCUGCACGUUUACCUUUUAACAAACGACGAAGCUGAAACCAAAUGUGGCCUGGUUAUGUUGGGUUCUAGUAUAUUUAUAUUAGGCAUAUUGAUUUCCAACCAAAUAUUGAAUUAUUGUGGUUUAAACAAUUAUCGAACGAGUGGUGACAACUUAUGGAAUUACUACAACGCUCGCAACUGGCUAUAUAAAAACCGGCCAGAUACUAUGGCUAUUCAUCAACGAAUGGAUAACCGCUACCGACAACCAACUUUCGCAAUAGUUAAAAGCAAAGAGUCGGUAACAAUAUUUUUCAUUGUCCUGGUGAGCAUUACUAAUUUUAUGAUGUUUUGUCACGUCACUUUUGAAUUAGGUUCCGCCGUUUUCUUGACUGUUUUUAAGUCAGGAGGAUCAUGUUGGCUUUUACUUGUAGCGGAAGCAGGUAUCAUUCUAUCUUUGUCCUUACAGACAUGUUUGGGACCAAAAACAAUUUAUACCAUAUUUGGUAUUAUAAAGUGCGCAGUUCUGGUAUGUCUUUUGUUAUUCUUCGACAGCUAUUCCCAAUCAAAUGCUUACGUAAUUUACUUUUUUGUAUGCUUUCUUUGCAUGGGAGUUUUAUACCCUCUUUCCAAUACAAUGUUGUUGGAAGUUGCCAAUCCUCGUAAUUGUGAGAUUGUUUUCUCGGUAGCUUAUCUGACGCAGCUGUUAGUUCUUUUUAUUGUUGCGUUUUUCAGCAAACGUUAUUCCGAAUAUGUUUCGGACUUUCGUUCCUUCAUUAAAAUUCUUUACAUUGCAUAUAUAGUGAUGUCACUUCUGGCAAUUGUGAUUGUGCAAAUUUUUAGCCCAAUUUCAGGGAGUCUUAUUGAGAUACGCAAUUAUUUAUUAGGCAUAAGAAAGUCGAAAACAAUUGUUAGUUUCAGAGAUGUUUAGUUAUAUAUAAACGGAACAACUUACUUUUUUAAAAUGUAGAAAUAUUUUAGUUAAGGCUGCGUAAAGUUGAGUUACUAUCGUAAUUAGCGGUAUUUUUCAAAACAAGUUCGCCAAGACAUGAGCAAAUCCUUGAAAAUAUCUCAAAACAGUGUCCAACAUUUUAUUUUUACAACGUGAUAUGUAGCAUAACAUUAAUAUGAUAUAAAAGAGAUAUUAUAAAAAAGCUAUAAUUUAUAGGUAACUCUUGUGGAUUUUUUAUUGAAGUCAAAAGUUUUCCAAUAAGGAGGAAAACAAUGCUUUUA